UUCCAGCUGUAGCUCAUGUUGAUAAAACACAGGAAGAGAGUGACAGGGAGCAAAGUAAAGGGAAACCAGUGACCUCCGCCUUGUAUGGUACAAGCAAGGGCAGCUCAUGCUGAAAGCUGGCUAAUGGAUCAAACACCCACAUUGGGGCCAUCCGGCCAAGCAGCUGGGGGGCUGCAUCUGCCCAUGAGUGAUAAGGAACAAAAGUGCUACUCUGAGCUCUUCUCCAUGUGCCAGGCUGAGGGAUCUGCAAGGCUGGCAGCCGGGAGCAGCAAAGUGGGUGAGCUGUUUAGGGCGUCUAAGCUCCAUGCAGAUACCUUACACCAGAUUACAGAGCUGUGUGGAGCUAAACACGUGGGUUACUUUGGGCCAGCUCAGUUUUUUAUUGCUUUGAAAUUAAUUGCAGUGGCACAAACAGGACUACCAGUCUGCUUGGAAAGCAUCAAAAGUGAAUUGCCCCUUCCUCGAUUCUUCUUUAUGAAGUCCUUAACUGACGGUGACCUAAAACAUGGAGUCCCAACAGCAAUAACAGAAACACAAGGACUGAACUCUGCAGCAAAAGAGAAAAGUUCUUUUAAAAGCAGCGAUGAAGGAGAAAAACAGUCAGAUACAAAGACUAUUGUAUCGCCUAAGAAAUCUCCCCCAAUAUCACCUCAAAACUAUGGACACAGCCUAUUUCAAAGCAGAAGUGACCAUCACAAUUCUGCAACAGCAGCAACAGCAGCAGCAGCAGCAUACGAGGCUAGACAACCUUCACUACUUCAGCAGGAUGGACACUUGCCACUGAACUAUGAAAACCAGCCUGCACCUCUGCAGCUUUCACUUAGCCGGCUUUCACUUUCAGCUGAAAGAGAAUCACUGGACGAUUCUAGUAAUUACUCUGAGGACCUCUGGAGGAUAACAGAAGAGCAACGAGAGUAUUAUACUAACCAGUUUUUAACACUUCAGCCUGACCUAAAAUCCUUAAUUUCUGGAUCUGUAGCAAAGAACUUUUUUACCAAAUCAAAGCUCCCCAUUUCAGAACUCUCGCAUAUAUGGGAUCUUAGUGAUGUAGACUGUGAUGGAGCCCUAACACUGGCUGAAUUUUGUGCUGCUUUUCACCUCAUUGUUGCAAGGAAGAAUGGCUAUGAGGUGCCAGAUACACUGCCCCGAACUUUGUUGGCAGAAAUUAUUCAAGCAGUUUCAUUAAAGCCGAUUUCUGGUGAUGCAUACGAGGGUUGUCGUGGAACAAGCACAGUUUGCCAGAUCAGAAAAGAGCUAGAAACAGUCUGUGAGGACCCUGCAACAUCAGAACCGCUGAUUCUCUUUGAUGAGGAAACUAGUGCUACUGAGCCAUCCUCUGCAGCAGCACCAUUAAAUCAGAAUGAACUGACACAAGAUUCAGCUGAGAAUGAUAAACAAGGCUCAAAACUAAGUUUCCCUUCAGUAGAAGUAAAAUCCUUCAAGUCUUUUAAAUCCAGUGUCCAUCAGGAAUCAUACACGCUUAAAACAAGGCCAAGAUCCAGAUCGUAUUCAAAUACAUCAAUAGAAGAAACAAUGAAGAAAGUUGAAGAUCCUCCUACACCACCUCCAAGGCCACAGAAAACACAUUCAAGAGCUUCUUCCUUGGAUCUGAAUAGGAUAAUUCAACAGAAUUCGCCAGCUGCUCGAGCUGGCUGGGUUCCACCCCCUGCUUUACCACCCCGACCUUGUAUAUCACAGAAUCCACAUCAUACCUCUAACACAGACCAAAAGAUGCCAAUCCAACAGCCCAAUUUUGCAGACUUCAGGUCACAAGAACAGAGGGAGCGGGUAGCAGAGAUUGAGUUACAUCCCCAGACGAAUAAAAUGCUGCCGCAGACAGAAGAGAGCAGUCCUGCCAAAAAAGAAAUCUUGCUUAGCCAGCCUCCAAUGAAACCAUUAAGACGCAAAUUUCUCACCGAAAGUCAAGUACUGGAAAACCAUGAGUUGUCAUCUGUAUCAAGUGUGACGUCAUCUGUUGCAUCACUCAAGUCUCAUCCUUCAGUUCAAAAGCAGCCUUCCAAAAGGAAGAAAGCUAUUCAGACAGCCAUCCGGAAAAACAAAGAGGCCAAUGCUGUGCUUGCCAGGUUGAAUAGUGAACUACAGCAACAACUGAAGGAAGUCCACCAGGAGAGAAUUGCCUUGGAAACUCAGCUUGAACAGCUACGUCCUGUUACAGUCUUAUGACCAUCCAAGAGCUUGCAAAAAAGCAGUAGAAACACUUGUAAAAGGAGAGCUAAAUGUGCACAUAUUUCAAUACCUCCAUUUCUGUGUCGUGGUGCUGUAAGGCCUUCACGCUAUAGACUUUUGUGUUGUUUAAUAGCAUUGGGGAGAAAGUAAAUGUUUCCUGCUUGUUUACAAUGUGUACAUACUGGAACACAUGCUGGCAGUUGCAGCAGGCUGCAACUUUUAAUUUUACAGUUAGUGAAGUCAAACUCAGAUCAUCAUGAAUAAGUGGCAGCAAAAAGAAAUGUUGUAGCUGUGUUUAUGUUGACACAAAAGUCUGUUGUGUGAACAAGUCUUAACAUUAACAACAAUGUAAUCAAAAUUGUUUUUAUUUCCUGUUGUCUAUUUAAUACAAGAGAGCAAAAACAGUGUUAAAGUUAAUGUCCUUCCUUUUAUAGUACACUGACUGUGUUUUGGUUGAAAGACACAAGAUUUUUUCCUUGUUGAGUAACAUGCAUUUACAUAAAGAAGCCAAGUUGGCUUGAAAAGCAACUUUGGCUGACACCCGUUCUUCAGAAUUUCUCACAGCAUUUGGGUUGUGGGUGAUGUUUGACAGCUGAUUCUUGGCAGGGGAAAUGGCGGAGAUAGCAUUUCUAUUUUUUCUCUUCAGAUCUGCUUAAUUGCUGCAAUUUAUAAAUGGUGCUUUCUCCACCAUUGUGUAUACUAUUAUUUGCAGUUUUCCAUCUCAGGCAUUAGAGGCUCAAAUUUGAUGUGCUGGAUGGAGCCUCCAACAUGGCAAUAGUUAGUUUAAAAUGACUCGUAGGCAUAUUAUUAUGCUUAUGAGUACUGGAAAAGAUGGAGGUUUAUUAAGCACAUUAUACUGCAGUUUUCUCAGUAGAGAAAAAGUACAUUAUUCUCAUUUAUCAAGGGCUACUUGAGUGCUUCAGCAGUUAUUUUUUUUUUGUAUUUAAACUAUCUGAUAAAGGGGCUGCUAGAACUUUUCAUAUGCGUUUCAAAAAGAGAGGUCUGCACAGUCAAUACUAGACCCUCAAUAAUGUGCUCUGAGCACAGAAUAUUAGUAAUGUAUUUAUUUUACCAACAUAUUUUGUUGUGCUGUACCAUUAAUUCUUGAAGACACAACCAGACAGAAACAAAACAGUUAAAACCAAUAAAACUGGACAAUGUCAUUCAUCAUAUCAACUGCCCUCUUUUGACUUUAUUUCUUAUGUAUUUCUCCUUAUAUGUUCAUGCUUUACUUAUAGCAUACAUGCUGGAUUUUACCACUGUUUGCAAACAUGGGAAGUUUUAUAACUGAAAUUGACAUUAAAAACACAAUGAAACAAAUGUUCAUGUGGUUAGCAGGCCUUACAUGUGAUGGUUUACAAUCUAGUGGUUGGGUCACGAUACUGCUAUGCGAAGGAAUUGCGAUGCUGGUACCAAUGGUUUGCAAAAAGCUCCUACAUGGACAGAUAGUGGUAAGGACAGUCAAACUAAGUGGACUUCAAAAGAAGAGAAUGAAAGUGAUAUAGCCCUUGAUUUGGUAACUUAUAGGUCUUCCUGUAUUAGAUAGUAUUGUCAUGGUCACCAAGCUAAUGCAAGCAGCAGAUCUUUGGAUCCAAAGCCACCAGAGGGCUAGAAUUUGACAUACCGGUGCAUAAACCAGAUAUUAUGAAUCAUGUGGCACUCUUGUGUUUGAACUAUACUCCCUUUGCAUCUUGGGGGAUUUUUCUGGUCAGCACUGGAGGGCAUUAACUCCACCCCUUCUCCUCCCUUUUUCCCUCUAUUGCCACUUAAAGUAUUGAAAUGUUUUUCAUGUCUGAUAAUGUUAUGGAUGAAUUUAAUGUGCUAGAUAUGAUGCAGUUACUUUAAUGUCCAUGAAUGUUGCCUUAUUGCAAUGCACAUGUAACAUAGUAUGUAUGGUUGAAAAAAGACAAGUUCAUCAAGUUCAACCUUUAAUGCGUGUAAUGUGUUUUGUUUUAUAUAUCUUUAACCAACUUAAAACACAAGGGACCUUUAGAUUUAUAUAAAGAUUUGCAAUAAGCUAUGUUAUAUACAUAUGUACUGGAAGAAAAUGUUUCAUUGUAUUAUUUAUCCCUGCAAACCUAUACAAAUAAAUACUGUUAUUUAAAUAACCGUGGCUCAUAUAAUAAAACUAGUAAGCUCUA